AUGAAUAGAAAAAUUCAAAAACUUGAUGAAACAGUUGUUAAUCGUAUAGCUGCUGGAGAAAUUGUUGUACGACCAUGUGCAGCAAUAAAAGAACUUGUAGAAAAUAGUUUAGAUGCUGGUGCACAUACAAUACAAAUUCAUGUUAAACAAGGAGGUUUAAAAUCAAUUGAAAUUCGAGAUGAUGGAUGUGGAAUAAGUAAAAUUGAUUUACCACUUGUAUGUCAACGUUUUGCAACAUCAAAAUUAAAAAAUUUUGAUGAUUUAUAUCAUUUAAAUACAUAUGGUUUUCGUGGUGAAGCUUUAGCUUCAUUAAGUUAUGCUGGACAUGUUAAAAUUAUUAGUAAAAUACCUGAAAGUCCAUGUGCUUAUAUUUGUGAAUAUGAAGAUGAAAAAAUUCGACCAUCAACAUCAAUAAAACCUUGUGCAGGUACAAAUGGUACAUUAAUCAUAAUUGAAGAUCUUUUCUAUAAUAAUCCAAUACGUUUAAAAAUGAUGAAAUCCGCUUCUGAAGAAUAUACAAAAAUGGUUGAUUGUGUAAUGAAAAUGGCAUUACGUAAUACUCAUGUUUCUUUUUCACUUAAACGUGAUACACAAAUUGAAUCUGAUGUUCAUACAAAUGGAAAAGAAACAACAACUAUUUUACAAAAUAUGAAAAUGUUAUAUGGAGCUGAUAUGACUAAAGAUAUGUAUGAAACAAUAAUUAAUACUGAUGAUACACCUUAUAAAUUUCAAUGUAAAGCUUAUUUUACUGGAACACAAUAUUCUUGUUCAUCAAAAACUUCUUCAAAUUCUAUGACAUUCAUACUUUUUAUAAAUGGACGUUUAGUUGAUUGUCAACCAUUAAAAAAAUCAAUUCAACAAAUGUAUGCUGUUUUAGUUAAUAAACAAACAUCACCAUUUGUAUAUAUUGAUUUAAUAAUGGAUCCAACAACAUUAGAUGUUAAUAUACAUCCAAGUAAAAAUGAAGUCAGAUUUUUACAUGCUGAUCCAAUUAUUGUUACUAUUGUACAAGCUAUUGAACGUAUUAUUGUCGAAAAAUCAGCAAAACAAACAACAACUACAACACAAUUGACAUUUCAUAUGACACCAACUUCAAUGGCUUUAGUACCUCCAACUCCAAAAAAUUCUGUUGAAACAGAUACUACAUCAAAAAAGAUAUCAUCUGAUACAACAAAUUCAACAAUAAAAAAAGUAAAUGUAAAUAUUGAUCCAUCUCGUACUGUUCGUACAUCUAGUCGUGAUCAAAAACUUGAUAAACAUCGUUAUCAUAAUAAUUCAAUAUCAAUUCCAAAGAAAUCAACAAUUUCUUCAACAACAAUAUCACCAUUAGCUUCAAUUGUUUUUCCACGUAAUAUUAAAUUAACAUCAAUUGAAAUAUUACGUCAAUCAAUAAAUGAUGAAUGUGAUAUAGAUUUAUUAAAUAUAAUACGUAAUUUUGUUUAUGUUGGAACAAUUGAUGGACAAUCAUCACUUAUUCAACAUGAUACACAAUUAUAUUUAGUUCAUACAAGACAUUUAUCACAAGAAUUAUUUUAUCAAUUAUGUAUUUAUCAUUUUGGUAAUAUGGGAACUAUUCGAUUUGAACAUGAAUCACCUUUAAUUGAAGAACUUAUUCGUCUUGAAACAGAUGAUGAAGAAAUAAUUGAAUAUGUAGUUGAUCUUUUAAAAGAACGUCGUGAAAUGCUUGAAGAUUAUUUUUCACUUCGUAUAUCAUCAACAGAUCCAAUACGUUUAGAAACUCUUCCUAUUUUACUUGAUACAUAUGUACCUAAUUUUGAUUAUUUACCACAAUAUAUUCUUCGUUUAUCUAAAGAAAUUAAUUGGACAGAUGAACGUGAAUGUUUUCGUACAUUUGCUGAUGAAAUAUCAAAAUUUUAUUCUUAUAGAAUGCAUAUUUAUUCAAAAGAAGAUGGAGAUACAGAAGAAAAACAACAUUGGGCUAUUGAACAUUUACUUUAUCAUGCAUUUAAAACAAUGCUUGUUCCAUCAAAACAUUUACGACAAGCGUUUAUUAAAUUAACUGAAGUACAACAAUUAUAUAAAGUGUUUGAACGAUGUUAA